AUGGAUACCCAAAGCCUCUUCAAUGUAGAGGGUAAAGUGGUGCUGGUCACCGGCGGAGCCAAAGGUAUUGGCCGUAUGAUUUCCGAAGGAUACGUCACCAAUGGUGCGACGGUGUACAUUUCGUCCAGAGAUGCCAAGGCUUGCGAUCAAGCUGUAAAGGAGCUCAAUGCGAUCGGAAAGGGCAAAGCGUACGCCAUCCCGGCCGAUUUCUACCGGGAGGAGGAGUGCAAGAGACUUGCUGAUGAGAUAGCGAAGCGCGAAGGCAAGCUCCAUGUCCUCGUGAACAACUCCGGGUCCAACUGGGGUGCCCCCUACGAUGAGUACCCAUCAUCCGCAUGGACCAGGGUCCUUACCCUCAACCUCCACCGGGUCUUCGACCUCACCAAGCUCCUUACCCCUCUCCUUGAAGCGGCUGGCUCGCCCAGCGAUCCAGCUCGCGUCAUCAACAUUGGCAGCAUUGAUGGGUUGAGAGUUCCGAGUCUGGAGACAUUCGCAUACAGCGCUAGCAAGGCAGGCCUGCAUCACCUGAGCAGGGUUCUCGCACACCACCUUGGCAAGAGGAAUAUCACAUCCAACACUUUGGCUUGCGGCCCGUUUCAGAGCAAGAUGAUGGCCGCCACUCUGGAGAAGUUUCGUGAGUCGAUCGAAGGUUCUAUUCCGUUGGGCCGCAUUGGUACGCCCCAGGAUGUGGCCGGAUCUUGCCUGUUCCUCAGCAGCCGGGCCGGUGCGUACAUCAAUGGCGCGACGAUCACGGUCGAUGGAGGCAGCUCAAUCGCUGCAAAGAUGUAA